CCAAUGCCCACCAAUAAAGUACAAGUCUAGCCUGAGGCCAUGUAACGUUGGUUGAAGUAUAUUUCAAUAUUUUAGAAAUUUGUUUUCAGAAAGGAUGCUCAUCGAUGCAAAUUUUACACACCAUGUCAAGAAAACUCGUUUUUGCUUGUUUCGCAUUCAUACUGACCGUCGGAACUAAGACUGAAGACGUAAACGAUUGUAUUACGCCAACAAGCGAAAAAGGUAAUUGUAUUGCCAUUACACGUUGUACGUUCCUGGAAGAUUUACUUUUAUACCAUAGAAAAAAUACAUUUGUCGUAGUCUACCUUCGUAGUUCAGCAUGUGGAUUCGAAAUGAACAUUCCAAAAGUCUGCUGUCCGGUAGAAAAUGAAAUCACAAACGAGGCGGUUCCAGAAAACACGACUAAAAAAAAUAUUGGAUUAAUAGACAAACGUUUCGGUGAAGACGAUUCAAGUAGUGUCGAUACAAUGACGAGCACUAGCACCCCUAAGCCAAAUAUUGUCACUGUUGGUAUCACGACAAGCCCCAGCAAGACUAGCACUUCUAAACCAAAAAUUAAUACUGCCCAAACAACGAAGAGAACUAACAUAUCUAAAACGAAAAGUCCUACGAAGUCGACGUUGUCGGCGCAAAACGCUUGCGGGAGGAGUAAAAUGCCCAAAGACUUGAUUACCGGCAAAGGACACGUUAACCUAUACGAUUGGCCAUGGAUGGUCAGACUGGGGUACCGAUUACUGAAUAAAAAAAACUCCCCCAUACAAUGGUCGUGCCAUGGCGUAUUGAUAGCAGAGAGUUUUGUACUGACAACCGCCAACUGUGCUAACGAUACUCAUCAUAAUAAGCAUUUGUACAUGACACGGCUAGGAGAGUUGGAACCAGACGCUGAUGUCGACGCUCUGCCAGUGGAUAUUCUGAUUGAAAAAGUCUUACUACACGAAUCGUACAACAAACCCAAGUUCUUGCAAAACGACAUUGCUUUGUUAAAACUCAAAUUUCCCGUACAAUUCGAUCAGCACAUUCAACCCAUUUGCUUACCACUUUCGUCAAAUUUGAGAUCUCACAAUUUGGAAAAUUCUACGUUGAUUUUCGCUGGUUGGAAUUCUGCGUCUCCUUGCGCACAACAGAAUCGUAAAGACGGAUUGGCAAAUCUUAGAUUUUCGGUAAUGAAAAAUUCCGAAUGUCAGCAUAAAUAUUCCAACCUCAUUAUAAUCGAUGGAGGGAUGCUGUGUACAAAAAUCAAACCUAACGAAAAUAACCCUUCCAUGGACGACGCCGGAAUUCCAUUGAUGCAACUAGUCGGUAAUCAAUACUAUCUGGCUGGUAUAGUAUCGUUUAGCGACCGCAAGUGUAACGAGACCAAUUUUCCUCGCGGAUAUACAAGAGCAACGCAUUACAUGACUUGGAUUACGGAAAAUUUAAAAAAAUUAUAAUCCUCAGUUUAGUUGUUUAUGUCUUAGAAACAUUGUUAAAAAUUGUUAAUCAGGCCACUAGGCAUCUGAAUCACGAUCAUAAUUUAUGAUAUGAUUUAAUAGUAAUAAUAAUAAUUUAUGAAUAUCAGGUAAUAAUUUAUUAUUUAAAAAAGUACAAAAGUAUUUGUUCACAAUUCUCUAAUUCAUGCAAAAAAUAAAUAAUAAUAUAACAUAUAUUACGUUAUAUAUAUAUAUACUAAAAUACAUUAUUUUUUUUAGUUACAACAUUUUCUAAGGCCAAACUAUUUGUUCAAUCCAUUUAAUGUAGUUCGAUAUCCUGGUGUGUACACUAGGUGUUUCUGAUUCUGUGCAAUAUUUUCCAAAUGAUGUAAUUCCUAUUUGCGUGUACAUGUUUCCAUAUAAUGUAUUCUUUAUUUGCAAAGGACCACCAGUAUCGCCCUAAAUGAGAGGAUAAGUUUAAUUUUGCCACUCUUGCAAAAAAAUUGUAAUUACCAUUGACAAAACCAAUUCGGUAAUUUUUAUAAAAA